CAUUGCUGCCGGAGGAAGAUGGUGGACUGACUCAGGAAACUGAAGUUGUUGAAUAUCCACGAGCCCCGGAUAAGGGCAGUUAAGUUCACCAGGAAUCACACGCUUCUUUGAUUAUGGAGUAACUUAGUGUUAAUUAGCAAACGGAGGUCUUCAUAUAGUGUUUGGAACACCCGCCGAGCCAUUUGCCCAGGGACUCUGGGUGGAUUUGUGAGUUAUUUGAACAGUUUUUCAGUUGAAAGAGAACUGAUGGGAGCUUUAUUACACUUUUACAAACCUGGUCCUAAGAUUCCUAUUAGUGUUUAAUUUUCAAAGUAUUACCGAUUCUUAUUUUUAUGAAUCGAGUCCUGGAAAAGGUGCGGUAGGUAGCCACAAAAAUAGAAAACUUCUGAGAUGCUACCCCUGUAGUAGGUUCUCUUCACUUUAUUCUCAGGUGUAAGGUUUGUAGUUUGCCAAUAUAUUCAUUACCAGACCUUCACAUUCCCAUCAAGUUAGUGGGUAUUUGGGUUUUUUUUUCCCCAGUAAAAUAAUUCCAUUUAAAAUUUUUACAACAAGAAACAGACUCUCAAUUUACUUAAGAUUAGUGUUUCUUUAAUGAUAAAAGUCACUUUGCCAUGUUAGAAGACACUUUUUCAGAAGAAGACAUCUGGGAAUACAAAUCCAAAAGAAAACCAAAACCAGUACAUCCAAAUAAUGGCCCUGAGAAUAGUCCAAAAUCUGUUGAAAAAGCAACAGAGGGAAAAUAUCAGUCAAAACAAAACAGAAAUAAAAGAAGAACUGUGAAAGCUAAAGAGAAGACCAAGGACCCUGAAAUGUGUCUUGGAGAAACAGGUAGUCAGACUUCUGUAGCUUCUAGUCAGAAUUCUAGUUGUGAAGAUGGUACCCAGCAGUCCCAAGGCAAGACCACUCCAGGAAAGCACUGUAGGACUCACAAAAGCAAACAAGUGUCUCCAAAGAUACGUCCAGUUUAUGAUGGGUACUGCCCAAAGUGCCAGAUGCCUUUUUCCUCAUUACUAGGUCAGACACCUCGGUGGCAUGUUUCUGAGUGUUUGGAUUCUCCACCAGUCUCUGAAACAGAGUGUCCUGAUGGUCUUCUGUGUACCUCAACAAUUCCUUCUCAUUACACGAGAUACACUCACCUCCUGCUAGCUCAGAGUAGGGCUGGUAAUAGUCCUUUUAGCAGUCCACCCGCUGGGGCAGGUGGUAGUUUCAGUGAGACUAACUCAGGCUUUCUUUGUAGCCCUGAGGAAAAAUGGUCUCCGUAUCAAAACCAGACUGAGAACUUGAAAAAUGUUUCACUUGACCCCUUGUUGGUGACACAGUGUCUAAGAAAAUGUCAGUCACUGACUGAAACCAAGAAAAAGAUUUCCUGCUUGACAAAUAUCCAAAUGUCCCAACAAGCCCCACAGUUUACACAAUAUGCCAAUAUUGACAAACUGGUAGGAGUUGGUUUGCCUUUUGCCGAAGAAUUAGAGAGCCUAAACAACUCAGAACACGUAAAUUUGCCACUACCAGAAAAUGACUUCAGCGACUGUGAAAUCUCCUAUUCUCCUCUUCAAAGUGAUGAAGAAACUUAUGACAUAGAUAAAAAGCUGGAUGAUUCACGGCACGAACCAUUUUUUAUGGGAAGCUCUAAAGACGGCAGCCUAGGAGAAGAUGGCAACAGCUGUACUUUGUUCGAAAAAGUCCACUGUCCCUUACUAAGGGAUCAGGUGGAGAGCGGCCCUGAAAUAAAUAGCUUCUUAACUCAAGAUAAAUACAAUGAAGAAUUGUAUACAUCUCGACUUCUUUUCCAAAACGAGAGUUUUAUUUUGUGUCAUGAUCCAGCGUAUUCUGAUGAGGCGUUCCUGUUGUUUCCACCUGCAUUGGCAGCAGGGCCUCCGGGUAGUUAUCAAGCCACUAAAGCAAAACCUGAUGAGCCAGAAUUUCUCUCAUUUCCAUCAAAUACACAGAAACAGACAACUGAAGAAUCAGCUGUUCGCAAUCAAAUUUCUCUUCCAUUACUUAAGAGUAAAAUGUCGAAAGCUUUCGAAGGCCAGGCUCAAGGAGGGUGUCUGUCUUUCCAUCCCACCCAAAGUAAAAUUAGAGAGUUGUCAAGUAAGAAUCUCAGUGCUAAGAAUAGUAGUCACUCAGCAUGUUUCUGCAGAAAGGCAUUAGGUGGUAUGCUAGACAGUGAGGUUACAGUUUUAAAUGCAGAGACAUUUUCUAGCACAGCUACUGCUGCUAAGUCUUUGAAAAUGUUGCCAUCUGGUUCUCAGUGUAACGCAACACACCCUUCGACCAAGGUAAUGAAGCAAAUGGAUAUAGGUGUGUAUUUUGGUCUACCACCUAAAAGAAAGGAAGAGAAGUUGAUGGGGGAAAGUGCAUUAGAAGGGAUGAAUUUAAGUCCAGUUGAAAGUCCUAAUAAAAAGAGGUCUGGGCAACACAAGAGGAAAGCAGAAAAAUCUUUAAGUGACUUAGAAUUUGAUGCAAAGGAUUUAAAUGAGAAUUGGCAAUCUGUGGAACAUUCUAGUAAGAGGGCACAGCAUCAAAGAAAGAGACUUAGAAAGUCAGAGUCACUACAAGAAGGAACACCUCAGAAGUCAGACUCCCUUGUUAACAAGACAAAAGCUGGAUCAGUCAAUUUAAGUGAAGACAAAGUUUUCAUCAAGUCAGCUUCUGGUGGGCCACAGAGAGGCAACACGAAAAUCCCAGAGCCAUCCCCUGUGGGAGAGUUGAGAAAAAGGACGUGUCCAUUCUAUAAGAAGAUACCUGGGACUGGCUUUACGGUGGAUGCCUUUCAGUAUGGAGUGGUUGAAGGUUGCACAGGCUAUUUUCUCACCCAUUUUCAUUCUGAUCAUUAUGCUGGUUUGUCUAAAAACUUCACAUUUCCAAUUUAUUGUAGUGAGAUAACUGGCAAUUUGUUGAAGAGCAAACUUCACGUGGAAGAACAGUAUAUCCAUCCAUUACCAAUGGACACCGAAUGUAUAGUGAACGGUGUCAAAGUUGUGUUCAUUGAUGCCAAUCAAUAUUGCAGCCCAGAAUACUGCUUUCCAUCUCAGCAAGAGGUUAUCCAGUUUGCCAUCAACACUGCCUUUGAGGCUGUAACUCUAAACCCACGUACUCUUGUUGUCUGUGGCACUUAUUCUAUUGGAAAAGAGAAAGUCUUCCUAGCCAUUGCUGAUGUUUUAGGUUCAAAAGUGGGCAUGUCUCAAGAAAAAUAUAAAACAUUACAGUGCUUCAAUAUACCAGAAAUUAAUUCCCUCAUCACUACAGACAUGUGCAAAUCACUGGUUCACCUUCUUCCAAUGAUGCAAAUUAAUUUUAAGGGUUUACGGAGUCAUUUGAAGAAGUACGAUGGGAGAUACGACCAGGUUUUGGCUUUUCGACCUACAGGAUGGACACAUUCUAAUAAGUUAACGAGUAUAACAGACAUUGUACCCCAGACCAAAGGAAACAUUUCAAUAUAUGGAAUUCCUUAUAGUGAACACAGCAGCUACCUAGAAAUGAAGCGUUUUGUUCAGUGGCUGAAGCCCCAGAAAAUCAUACCUACGGUGAAUGUGGGCACCUGGAAAUCUAGGAAAACAAUGGAGAAAUAUUUUAAAGAAUGGAAAUUGGAAGCUGGCUAUUGAUGUUACCAAGAAGGAUGCAGACGUAGUUAAGUAACUUGAGUGUAGCUUGCUAAUAGUUAAAUCUUUGGUGAUAUGAAAUACACUUACGUGAAAAACCUUACGAAGGUCACUCGUAUAGCUUAUUUUCUUAUUUACAUUUGAAUAACAUGUUCAUGUUCCUGAGUACCUCUCAGCAACAUCAGUGAUUAUUGAGACUGGUCUCCCUAGUACCAUGGUGCCCCUCCCCAUGGGGGCAGUUAUAUUCUGCAUCCAGCCUUAACAAAGGAAAUAAAGGCAGAAUCAGGGACCAACAAAGUUUCAUUAUAAU